ACUAGGAUCCAUAACAACAAUAACAUAUCCUUUCCCAAACAGUCAGUCUCCACUCUCAAGUACUAUAUAAACCCAUACUUCCGCAGACUGAAUACACAAUCUAAUUAAAUUCAACAGAUUAGAAAUAUAAUGUACAAUCAGAAACACAAUAUGAAGAAAGAUAAAGGUGUAGAGUUGUCGAGUUUUAAUGGUAGCGAAGAAAUCGAAGAGAAACCUGAUAAUCCUUCGCUUCGCCCUUUUCGAUUCGCCGCUCGUAAUGCUUCUUCUAAAUACGAUUUCGUCAAGGUUAAAGUGUGGUUAGGUGAUAAUGCUGAUCAUUAUUAUGUUUUAUCAAGAUUUUUGCUAAGCAGAAUGUUAACCGUUACUAAGAUUCCUAAUCAUGUCGCUAUCAAGAUUGCCCUGGAGCUGAAAAAGCUGCUUAUUGACAACAGUCUACUUGAUGUAUCUCAGAAUGACCUGGAGGCUAAUCUAUUUAAGCUCAUGGAACGUAGGGGCUAUGGUGAAGAGUACAUCAAUCGUUAUAAGAUGAUGACCAGGUUUCACCAUCAACGGGUGCCAUUAGUCAUCCUUGUUUGUGGAACGGCUUGUACAGGAAAGUCCACCAUUGCUACACAACUUGCACAAAGACUAAAUUUACCUAAUGUUUUACAGACAGAUAUGGUGUAUGAACUCCUUCGCACAUCAACAGAUGCUCCAUUGACAUCUACUCCUGUAUGGGCAAGAGAAUUUGAUUCUUCAGAGGAAUUUAUCACAGAAUUCUGUAGAGAAUGCCGAAUUGUUCGUAAAGGUUUGGCCGGUGAUCUUAAGAAAGCGAUGAAAGAUGGAAAACCUAUUAUAAUUGAGGGAAUACAUCUAGACCCUAGUAUUUACUUAAUGGAUGAUGAUAAUAAAUUGUCUAUGAAAAUGCAAUCGAAAGCUGAAGAAACUAGGGUUGCCUCAGAUCCAUUGGUUGAUAAUGUUACCUGUCCAAUACCAAGUCAACCUUCUGAUAAUGGUGAUUCGGAAAGUAGAGGCGUCGAUGCUGAGAAUAUUAGCUCUGAGGAACUUGUAUCUUGCGAUCAGACACGAGAAAUUCUACAUUCUCUUGCUUCUGUCAAAAUAGAAGACAACGCCUCUGAUGAUAAAGGUGGAACUAGUAAAGAAACAAUGAUGGAUGGAAAGCUGCAAACAAAGAAAGAGAGGUCUGGUGCCGAACCAAUCAUAGUACCUAUAGUUCUCAAAAUGGCUGAAUUUGAUCAUGAGGCAUUACUUGAAGAAUGGAUACCAACUCGUACAUUCAGUGAUAACAGCAUUAUGAAGGAUAGGAAUAAGUUGACGAAGAAUUUGAAGAUCAUUCAAGACUACCUUUGCUCAUUUGAGUCGCAGGGUCUAACUGUGGUGAAUAUAUCUGCAACAACAUUUCCCCAAACAUUGGAUUGGCUGCACAGCUAUCUUCUUCAGUGCAUUGAACAAGGGAUAUCUUCAGUUUCUACCCCCAAGCAACAAGCCAAGAGCUAAAAUGGUUUGCACAUUUUGGCAGUGUACUUGAGAAAACUGGGUGCGUCCUCUCGAAUACCCUGGUUUUACAGAGAUAAAGAUAAGGGGACUUUAGUUCUAAUCCAGCCGGCCAUUACAGAAUAAAAUGCCCUAAACUCGGCUGAAGAGCAUUUCUCAUGGCUUAAAAGUCUUAAGCUAAAACUAUGCGAUGUCCUACAAGUGAAAAAAACUCGAUAAUCAUUUUGAAAAACACAAAUCACUCUUGGAGCUAAGGCUGUCUUACAAAUAUACAAAAAGUUCUGUCUAAAAUAACAAGUAGAAGUAACUAUUUACAAAGAAUUUUUGGCGUUUUCUUGUGGAUUUUGAUAUAAUCAUUACUGCUAUUAAAAUGUUAUUAUGAACUAGAAAAUAAUAUAGUAAAUGAUGAUCAUGGUGAUUAGCAAGAUGAAGGACUGAUGAUUAUAUUCCCAUCAAUAUUUAGUACUUGGAAGUUGAAGAGCUCUAUGGCUACUGUAAAUGGUCAUUUGGUGGUGAGAAUACAUGAUAAUCUUGUAGGGGUUUUUGUUGCUAUUACUUCAUUGCUCAGAUCAAUGACAUUGUUUUAUGGUGUUCCAAAUUGUCUAAUAUCCUCGGGAAUUAAAGCCUGCAUCAUCUAAUUUCUUCCUAUUGAUUUCGUGCAAUCAAAUUCAUGGCGAAAAAUCAUCAUCUCCAAUAUUUUCGUCUUCCUUUUCUUUUUGACAUUCUCGCACUUUUACUAUCUUUUUUCAUGCUUAAUUUCUUGUGGUGCUACUGUGGU